CGAUUGAUCAUUUAAUAGAAGUAAACGAUAAACUAAUUAGAAAGAUAAAAAAAGAAGAUCUAAAGAAACUACAGACUAGAAAUUGUUACUAUUCCCCAAAAGUCUCAGAAACAGAUGAAGAAUCAACAACAAGAAAGGUCGUAAUUUAUGACUUAAAGUGGAGAUCACAAGCU